UCACAUAAUCUUAGCCACUUGUCUAAUGUAGUUUAACAUUCAUAUGAAAUUACUGACAAAACAAAAGAAAAUUAACAGUGCCUUUUCAUUUUUCAAAACCUAAACAUUUAUUUAAAAUUCUUCAACAGUAUGGUCUCUUCCUCAGUUUGUUUAUUCUUUGUAUCUGAGAGAUUUAAGAAAGCACUGAUAAAUUAGUAUUUUAAAGGGGAUAUAAAAAUGGAAUGUUGUUUCAUGUGUAAAUGGAAUGAAAUGAUGAAAUACUCCUCCUUGUUGAAAAAGCAGAAGGAGUAACAAGCUAAGUUAUUCACUGCUCCUGUCUUGUCUGAACUACAGCAUGCAUUUCACUUGGCUUCUUCAAACUAGCAUCUCUGAGAUGUGUUUAAGGUGCUGUCUUAUAUACGACUCAGAGAAACAGCUGCCUUAAACAGCAUGUCCACUCAGUGAGCAUGGCUCUUAGCAAAAAGAGAAAAAUUAACUUUACUGUUAUAGUCUCUCUUUUUGCACUUCUUUUUCAUCCCCAGCAAACUGGGCUCCUGCUCUGGAAAUACAAAGCUGGACACCUCAGCUCUUACUGGUCACAGAGUAGUCGAUCACAUUUGGGCUGUCUGUAAUGCACUCCUAUCCUCAGUCAUGUGUUUCACACUCAUACUGCAUGUGCUUAUGAUGUGACCAACCAUAUAGUAAUGUGCAGCAAAUUUUGAGAAUCACUUUCAUCAUGGUCAUAACAUUGUAAGAUAAGCAGUAAUGGCCCUCCACAUCACAGGCAAAAGGGAAAUGAUAUGCCAACAAUUCCCCUGAAGUGAUGGAGAAUUAAAAUGUCUGCUGCACUUGAACAUUCAAGCAUGACAUUCAAGCGUUCUACAUAGUAGAAACUAGGAGUUCUGGAGGUUCAGUUCUCUUUCAACUUUUUUUUACCAUUUCUGCAGGGUUUCUACCCAAUUUUCAAAAUCAAAGUGUCUGCACUUAGUGACCUAUAUAGGGAUUCACUUCCCCUUUUUGCAUGCAAUCAGUAUUCCAGUCUCCUCAAGAGUCUUUCUGGGUCUUGUUGGGUUUAACACUUCUGUAGAUGGAGAGUGGGAUGUCCCCUGGGCUUGGGCACCAGGCUUUGUAGUCACUGGAGGCAACAGACAUUUCUAGACCUCACUCCAUCUGAAUUAUCUUAAACCUUUACCUAGGGAUUAAACUGUGCAGGAACUGCCAUUUUAUGUCCAAUGAUUAGUUUGGUUGUUGGUAUUUAUGCUUUCAAUGCCUGCAGCCAAAGGAAUUGAUCAAAUUCUUUAUUUAUUUAGGUCAAAUAUAAACAUCAACAAAGACCUGCCAAAUUAUCCAAUGGAAGAUUUGUUCCUUGAUUACCAUAACAAACAAAAGAGGAAUGACCUUCUGGACUUCAGCAAGAAUUGCAGGAGGCAAUGCCAACACUGGGCACCAUGGACCACCAGCAGUGCACAUCAUGGCAGCUCUGCUCCCAAACUGCAGCUCCCUAUUCCGAUCCGAGGACAUCAGCCAGACUUCAACCACGUCCCACGUGAGGUGUUCCGAUGGGUAUGUCCCUUCACUUACAGAGCCACGGGCCAGCUUUCCAUCCUGCCUAUCUCUAGCCGCAAUUCCUUCUGCCAAUUGCUCAGCACAAACAUCUCCAGCUCUAGCUCCCGAAAAUCACGCAGCUCAACGAGUAGGGCUAACACCCAGGUACGACCGCAUGAGCCGUGCGGAGCCGAGCACCUGCCGCCGGCUGCCCGCCGCGGCUCAGGACAGCAGAGGUCGCCGCUGGCUCGGCUCUGGGCCCGGCACGGCGCGGCUCGCACAAGGUGCUGCCGGGGCUGUCCCCGCUGCGCGGCCCCGACGGCGGAGAACGGUGCGUGGAACGACCGCGGGGGCGGCCGACUCCCGCCCCCCUGCGGGUGCUACGUCCCUCGGCCGAGCUCCGACGGGGAGCCCCUCGAGUGGGGGGUGGGGGGGGCCACGGCUGCCCGGGCUUAAGGAAGCGAGCGGUUAGCGCGGA